AUGGCUGACUUACCCCCCCCCUUUGCAGACGCGGCGGCGGAUGGGAAGAAGAAGGUGCUGUACCAGCACGUGCCCGUCCCCUCCAGCCCCGGCUCGGGCGAGUCGUACCUGGCGCUGGCGCUGGAGGUGGCGCUGGCGGGGCUGGGGCAGCAGCGGGCCAUGCCCGAGGGGCUCUACGCCCAGGACAAGGUGGUGCGAAGCGAGGAGCAGCUCAUCGCCCUGCUGGACGAGAUGGAGCCGGACGAGAGGCUGGUGCAGGUGCUGCGCAAGCAGGCGGCGCUGCUGCUGGAAGGCGGCCCGUUCAGCGGCUUUGGGGAGGUGGUGUUCCGGGAGAGCGUGCCCAUGCACACCUUCGCCCGUUACCUCUUCUCCGCCCUGCUGCCCCACGACGCCGACCUGGCCUAUCGCCUGGCGCUGAGAGCCAUGAGGUAUGUACCUGGGGGGGCUCUGCCCUCCAGCCG